AUGGGUACAAACGAGAGUGGGACCGGUUUUGAGUGGUGGAGACGAACCAUGCAGUACAAGACUGGUCUAGGUCUCACACCGGAGGAAAAGGCCCGAUACGAGGAAGACUCUAAAGUUCGAGCGUUGAAAAAGGAAUGCCUCAGGUGCUAUGAAUAUCGAGAUUGGAUGCUAAAAUACUCACCCACAGUUCGUUUCAUGGUGCAGGCUAUCACAAAACUAAAUAAAGGUAGCGAUAGCAAGUUUGAUGAAUCCAAGAUCAUAUGUGAUUACUGUCCUGAUUGGAAGGGUGGAGGCUUCCACCCUGAAUUGGGGAUACUGUUGUGUCAGAAUAGGCUACGUGAUAAGUGGCACUUAGAGGACACGCUGUCGCAUGAGCUGGUUCAUCAUUUCGACGAUUUGAAAUGGCAGGUAGAUUGGUUGAAUUUGAAACACCAUGCAUGUUCGGAGAUCAGGGCUUCCUCAUUGAGUGGGGAAUGUAGGUUUUGGGAAGAAUUCAAGAGAAGAGGGUUUAGUACGGGAUUUCAUGCGGCCAGAGGCCAUCAAGAUUGCGUGAGGAGAAGAGCUAUAAUCAGUGUUUCGGGGAACCCCAACUGUAAAAGUAAGGAACAUGCUGCAAAAGUUGUUGAUGAGAUUUGGGAUAGCUGUUUUGCUGAUACAAGACCGUUUGAUGAGAUCUACAGAUGA